AUGACGAAAAGCCCAUACGCCACGGAUUGUACCACUGCCCUGUCACGUUGUGUCUGGCCCGGUACCCUGUUUGCCGCCGCGAGCCCAUACCGUCUAAGCAAAGCAGCCAACGACAAGUCCCUGCUAGGGGAGAACCCUCGAGUGGACCGGUCUUCACCUCAUGUGGGCUUCCGUGCGCGCAAUCUUCUUGAUCCGGCCACUGGGGGAUCCCCCCGGUUAUUUGUAGAACUCCCUUUUGACUUUGCGAUGGGGACCGUCGUCGCUUCAGAAGCACCACCUUUCGCAACGUGCUAG